AUGGCUGAACACAAGCUGCCAAAGAUUCGCCCUCUGGGCAAACUUGAAGAAAUCGCUGCCGCUGCGCAUCACAUAGACUUCUUCACCAACUGUGCCUUUUCAGCGCACUACAAAGCAUCACAGCCCUUAACUGAUGUGGAUCUCAAGCCUCUAGUAUUUACAGCUCUAUCACAAGUCCUCCAUCAACAUCCCAUCCUCUUUGCUAUCCCUGUUGUUCCGGACACUGAACAGCCUUACUGGGGCCGCCUCCCAUCGAUUGACUUGAAUCAGGUUGUGUCCUUUGUUGAGCGAUCUAGCCCAUUGUCUUCUGAUUCUCAGACUGAUGUUGAGCUUGAUUCGCUACUCGAGGAUAGACACAACACCAGUUUCAAGGCUGGGUAUGGCACCCUACCAGUAUGGCGUUUGAUCAUCCUUCAAGACUACCACUCAAAAGAUGGGUUUGUGGCCUCUUUUGUUUAUCAUCACUCUAUGGCAGAUGGCGGAAGCUCUCAGAUCUUCCAAGAUGCAUUCCAAAGAGCCCUUUGUGAUAUCUCAUCGGGCUCGGUAGAGUUGCAGGUAGUUGAAGUCGUUACUUCAGACGAUCGUCCCAUCUCUUCGCCUCUAGAAGAUCUCCACCCCCUUCCCCUUCCAGAGAACCCACCUGUACUCGAUGCGGCCAAUCUCAACGAGUGGAGAGGAAGCACAGUCAGUGUUCCAAGCAAGACCAAAUACAAGUCGCUCUCUCUGGCACCAGAAGUUCUUCAAUCCUUUGCACAAGAGUGUAAAAAGAACAAGACAACCGUCACAGCAGCGCUUCCAGCUCUUGUAGCCAAAGUACUGUAUGACAUCCUGCCAUCUGAGACUGAGGGUUUGACGUGCAACCUACCAGUCAGUCUGCGUUCUGAUCUACCUCCUAAUCAGGUCGACGACGUGAUUGGGAACUUCAUCGAUGCUUUCAAGGUGCAGCUGCUUCGGUCGGAUCUAGAUCAGAGCUCAGAAGGCACCACUGCUAUUUGGAAGCAUGCGAAGAAGGUUCAACAAGCUACACGUCGGUACUUUGCCAACGCUUCACCGUCUGGAGAACCAUAUGCCAAUGUGGCUAUCUUCAAGCUCAUUCCAGAUAUCAAAGCAUUCUUAUCCAGUACUAUCGGCAACCCGAGGGGCGAGUCUUUUGAGGUUUCUAACCUUGGGCAUUUCCCAGAGCCCAAAAAUCUCAAAGGCAACGGCAAUCCACCUUGGCGUCGGGGCAAGUUGCUACUCAGUCGAUGCGCAUUCGCUCCUGGAGCCCCUUUGAUUAUUUGUGUAAUCGACAAUGAGGCAUCUACUAGGACCAUUGAUUGGCUUCCGGGUAGCAAUAUUAUUUGA